CAUAAGUGUAGUGUUUUCCUUCUACAAGCAUUAAGUUUAUAUAGUUUUUUCAUUAUCAUUAAAUCAAUCGUCUCCUCCUUAAUGCAUUAGUCGAGGCUGGACAAUAAUUUGGUGUACUGUUUCUAGGGUAAUCAUUGUUUUUGGGUUAAUACGUGUAUAGGACUAACCCGCCAGGGCUGCAUCGGCUGAUGUGGCCGUAUCAUCUCACGUCCAGAAAAUGCCUCAAAUUUCACCAUAUCAAAGUUGUGGUAUAAACUUGAUACCUCUAGUUGCAGCUUUGAUCAUGGCUACCAAAAGUGUGAAGGGGAACAUUGUAGAUGUUGCUGACUACUUCCCAGAAGCUAGUGAUGACCUCAGCAAGGUCAUCUGGGGUCAUGCAGUCAACAGCAAAGAAGAAUUGGAGAAGAGCAUUGCAGAUGCAGCCAUGAUGAUGCUUGAAGCAGAUGUGUCUGCUGGGCGCCUGGUUGAACAAGGAGAGGAUGACCCAGUGAUCCCCAUCAUGGCUCAUCCUCCUAGCACAGAGUCUGACCUCUCCCUGGAGAUGUGGAUUGACAAAGUGAUUGAAGCAAAUCAGGAUGGGAAGAAGAAAGGAGCCAAGUUGGAUUUCAAGGAUCUGACUAUUGUGAAGGAGAGCCUCGAGCUGCUCAAGAGUCGCACAGAACAAAUCAAUUUCCCUUUGUGGUUAAAUGCUGACAUACUUAAGGGUCCAGUGGAGAGCACUGCAGUGCCCCUUGAUGCUGGCAAGUUCCUUACCUGGUGUUCUGAGUCUUUCCCUCAGGCAACACUGUCAAUUGGAUGGACAACAAGAUUCACCUCAGCUGAUGACGAGGCUGGAGCUUACACAAAGGAAAUGGUGGAAGAGAUGUCAGAUACACUGGAGGCCAACAGCAUCGCUCAGCCCAUCACCUUUCCAAUUCGCGCUGCUUUUGUCGGACAGUCGUUGGAGUCACUGGAGUGGUUGGUGGAUAAUAUUCCUGACUGCAGCGUUAGUGUGUGGAGUUCCCCCUCAGAUGACAUUGAUGUACAAGCGCUUAUUGCUCUCCGUGAAAAUGUUGGCUCCGAUACCGUUUACUUUGACCUUCCUGAAGAUCAACAGAAAGCCUUUGAUGAAGUCAAGGACAGAGAGAGUAGUACCUCAGCUGCUAGGUUCCAGUUUUUGCCACAGAACACCUCAGCCUGGGCCACGGCUGGUGUUGCCCUGGCAUCAGCUUUAGCUGCUCUCUAUUUGUAUGAAUAAAGAGUUGCCUUUUAUUAGUGGCUACUCUUUUGUUUUGUUAUUGGACCAUUUAUGAAGAGCUUCCAUGAAAGUUAUUGCUAUUUACUGUGCCUUAAUAUUGUGAAGUACAAUCAUAAUAGCUUACAUGUUGAUAUAACUGCAUCAUACUUUAUUCCUCUUAAGUACAGUCAUUUAAGGGCUACCAGUGAGAGAUGUAAGGAUAUAUGUUUUACUACAGUGCAAGACAAUCAUAAAAGACCUCAGAAUUGUGUGAGUACGUACGAGACCUCUUACUGAUUUGAACACUCGGAUUGUCACACUAACUUGGAAGCACAUUCCAGCCACAGUGCCAGAAUUGUGGGCCACUAUUUCAGUUUUCAUUAUUAUAGGUUGGACCGUGAUAAUCCUCAGUUCUAUUAUUUGUCUCAAAUGUAUAGUUAUGUUUUAUUGGUUUCUGUUUUAACAAAAUGAGGAAAAUACUUUUAAACAAUAGUGAAGGAAAUCAUAAGUUUAUUUCUUAAAAUUAAAAAAUUGAACUUUACCAUGCAAGUCUGUAGAUAGCGUUGUAUAAUGUUUAUGAUAUUGGUAAAUAAUUGUGUGAUCCCAUAAUAUACAUGUCAUUAAGUGAACACCAUAUCCUUCAAGCAUUAUGUUUUGAUAUACCAUGUUGUUAAGAUUGAAAAGAAAAACUAGAGGAAAUAUGCUCUGCUACCUUUGAAGAGGUUGUCAAUUUUGGCAUCACAGAGAGGACCAACCAUACUGAAAUAAUACUUUUGAGGGGAGGUUGGGAUUGUGUAACUGUACUGUAGAUGGUCUUCAACAGUUAAAUGGCGGAGUACAGUAGAAAUAUGUGUGAUGUAAAGGACUCCUGUAGAUACCAUAGUAUAGUAGUGGUACACUUUUGUUUGCUAUUCAUUCCUGCCCUAUCUUGCAGACCCUCUGUGUUGGUGACGAUGGAAAUAUUUAUUCGCGUUAACAACCCAGAUUUGUGUUUUUAAUGGGGUAGGUUCGUGUUUGUCUUGCACAUGUAGAAAUAUGUUUAUCUAUAUUGCUGUUUUUUUGUUUAUACUGAGGAAGUGUAGGAAUAUGGAAUUUAAUAUCUUGGUAUAUAAAUAUGAAUGAAUAUUGGGUUUAAAUUCACUUUCCCAUGUGUACCCUCUUCCUUUCACUUAGUCAGUAGUGUGGAAAAUGGCAACCUUUGCACAGCUCAGUUUGGUCAGUUCCAGCAUAAAUUUGUCCUAUUAAUAAUUUAAGGUAACUAACCUCAUAUACACACACCACACAGGGCAUUCAUAUUACAUUUAUCCAUUUUUAGUUUAGUUUGUAAUAAGAAAAUUGUUGGUUUUAUCUUUGUUAUGCCAUAUAGUUAUUAAAAAUUCUUAGCACAUGUAGGCAACACUUUUUGGUUUGUCUUAUAAAGUAGAGGGAGAAUAUCACAUCCAGGGUAAGUCAUGUUGUGCUUUACUACCUGUAUUUGGUUUCUUAAUCUGUAUUCGUGCAAAUUUAAGUUCUUUCAAAUACAUCUUCUAAAAGGUAGUAUUUAUGAUUCCUGCAAACUUACAAUGCAGAAGAUAUUACAAGUUUACUAGAUACUGUAGAUUUACUUUCCUAAUCUUAAACUGCCUUGUGUAAUUAACAAUAGACAGUUGUAUUGGUGAGGAAUAGAAUAUAGAGGUCAGUAAGUGGACUACUAUAAGGUAUCCUGCACUUACUCUGGUGUAGUGCUGUGGAGUAUGACCCAGAGGAUGUGACUAGGGCAUGGCUGAGCUUUACAUUACUGUACUGUACACGCUAAAUACAUCCUUUUGUAUAGUUCAUGAAAGCACUGUAAUACUUUUGUGCAGUAUUAUAUCUCAUUCUUACUACAUAUUAGAGGACAAUACAUACCACUACUAACUCCACUGCAGUUGACUGUGAUUGACAUGCUCUGACUUGCAUGACUUAGGAUAUGUGAGAAUAUUAAUGAUAGGUUUAGAGGUAUAGGUACUUGUUGAAAUGUAGAUUAAAGUUAAUAUUGUGAAAAUAAUUGACGUUGAUAUUGUUUAAUUUGUGAUAGGAGUGGCUUAGGGGGAAAUGUUUUGUGAAUCAGUAAUUGGAGGUGUUAGGGGCUGUGAAUAUAUCAGUAAAGUGUGGUAAUGGGGUAAGAAGAAAGAAUGCAAGGAACACUCUCACUAACUUUUUAAUACUUUGAGAAAUCACACUAGAAAAUAGGAAGCUUUUAGGUAAUUUCAGUCAUUAUUAUUAUUAUACUCUUUCAUAUUUGAUAAGUAGAUGAUGAUGGUAUAAUUGAGCUCUCUUGAAUUAUUUUAAUAUAUUGUAUGCUUUGCUCCAUUAGACUAAGUACGUUUGUUGCUUCCCAUUUGAUUAGGAAUGGGAUAUAAUUGAUGGAUUAGGAGGUUGACUUCGUGGCCACCCAUCCCUCUAACACGAGAGGGAACAAAACGUUACAGGUUACUGUUCAAAUGGACCCCAUUCCUAUUUGGGGUCUAUUGGAGCUGGAGCUUAAUUGACCAACCACCAAAGACAGAGAUACUUGAGAGGUAAGCCAUAAGUAGUUUAAAAUGAUUACCCAGCUUUAAUUUUGGUAAGGUAGAUGUGGUGGAGGGUAGAAUUUGUCCACGGUAAAAGUUCAGGAUGUGCCCACACCUCUGAUGUGGCUAUAAUCCCUGUAACACCAUCCAUCAGUUGGACCACCUUUGUGUUCUAGAUACUGCACUUGGCUAUUGUUCACAGUGUAAUUUGCUCCAAUCAUGUCUUUAGUUUUGUUCAACUCUUAUAUUUCCUUUGAACACAACGGUUCGUCUUAACUUUCCUCUAUAACUGUACUUAUACUGUAGUGCAAUAAAGUGGUUCCUCCACUUCUGUUUUAGUGAAAUCCAUUUAUAGAAUUUGUCAAUUGGAUUAGACUUUAGUUUACUAAUAUACUGUACUAUGCAUAUCAAAACAUUAAGUGUACACCAUUGUGCUUUGAAGAUGUGUAGAUGGUGAAGUAACUGCCAGCAUUGAGCACUAAGAUUUUAAGUAUUGUAUUUUAAUAUUUUGGUACAAUUCCUAUGAGUUAGACAUUGAGCGUGUACCUUGGAAAAUGAAGCUACAAUGAAAAAUUUAAGUCUGUUUAGUAAUACAGAACAGAGGGCAAUGGUGGGAGUGUGUCAAACUGUUGCUCACUGUGGUACUGUAUAUGAGUGAUAUGUUUACUGUACCACUUGGCAGCAAGUUAGAUUGCAGCUCUAAUUCUCUGUAACAAGAGAAUGAAGAUCUUAUGCUGGAUCAUGCAAAUAUCUCCCUUAUAUGCAACAUUUUAUAAUGUGUUUUGGCAGGUUGAAAAUCUUCAUAGUUUUUUCUUAGUACUGUAUUACAAAAGUUAUCACUCAGUAGCAGUAAAACAUUUGCAUCAGAAAAGUAUCCUUCAAUAUCCUUUAUAUAGAUAAAAUACACUAUUUGUUUAUUGCUAGAUUAUUAUUAAACUUUUAAUUGCAAUUUUGCCUAAGUUAAUUGAUACCAGUCUUAUUUUCUGCUGUCAUUUUAUUUGUGUAUCAGUCAGGUCAUACCUGAGUAUAAAGGUGAAUUAAAAUUGAAAAAAAAAUUGCAUAAAUUUCUUUGAUAUUAACUUUGUAGAUUAGAAAUGAAACACAUUACCUUUUGACUGAUAAAUAAUUUGGAUUGUGAAUAAAUUACAUGAUUAUUGUGUGUAGAACAAGUGACCACUGAGCUGUGUGCUUCUUUGCUAAGUGUUAAUUGGCUGGUUGUGGUGGAGGUGGAGCUAUCCAUACUAUACAAGAUGUAUCAUGACUGCCAAAAUUCAGCAGCUGAUUCCUGAGGUCAUUACCAAUCAGAAAUGUCAUAUGAACAGGAGUCCGAUUCACAACAGGUACGCAACUAUUAGUAGGUAUUUAACUACGGGUGAGAGACGCACUUUGUUCGGCCGAAAUAGCCCAAAGGCGAAGUGGCCAGCAAUCUCCAAUACCAUACCACGCACUUUGCCACUCAGCGUCGGGUCCUACGACGCCUCCUUUUUCCUCAGCGUUGUCUUCCCACUAAAGCUACAGUGUAACCACUAUGCAAACCUUAAAGUAUCAGAACAUCUUCACUUGCAUAUUUUUACAUCCAACCAUAGCUUCCAAACCAGUGAAAAUCAGACCCAUGUUAGUCUAACAUUUCUGAGUGGUACUGACCCUGAGAAUUAGCUGCAGUGGUUUUUAUUUAGCUUCUUUGCUAACAGUAAUGUAUGUCACUGUGCCUUAUUAUGGUUUGUGUGGCUAAUACUGUGGUAUUUAAGUUUAACUAGGUUCAGUUUGAGGUUCAUAUGUUAUUUAAUUUUCAAAUACUGUACUUUGCAUUGUAAAUCCUACGAGUGCUGCGCUUUACUUAAACUUUUCUGGAAGUAACUAUAUUAAGUUGAUUACUGAAAGGAAGAUACUACCAGGUAAAUUCUUCAAAGGUCUUCAUUUUGAGAAAUCUUAAUUGCUGGAAGUAGUACGGUGGAACCUCCAGCAAUCAGCGUGGUUAAGAUCAAAGCUGCUCUAUCUUGGAGUUUUCUGGUCUUAAAGCAGUAAAGGGCCUUGAUUGCCAUUGUAUUUUUUUUAUCCAUGUGAAACAUUAUUGUAUUUUAUCACUCGAACAUCUCGUACUUUGACCAUUUUGUUAGUGGUCUCUUACUGAAAGUCAUUACAAAGUAGUAUGCCUCAUCUUUAUGGACAGUGAUAACUAACACUCAAGAUCCCAGACUCUUUGAGAUGUUGGUGAACCCUUGUGGCCAAGUAGUGUCAGUGAGAGGAGUCUUUAUUAUGUUGUUUGCAAGGCCAAUCUGCCUUUUCAUGUGAAGGCCCAAAGCCAGUAAACCUUCACUCCAUGUUCUGGGGGAAUGUUGUUUUGUCGUGUCUGUCCAUGUGAACCACCCAAAAUUAUUUGUAAGAUGAGGCAAAAAAUAUCCAGAAACUAGAGAGGAAAUUUUGUGGGUUUCCUUGAAUUAUUUGAUAAAGAGUUUUCAACCAGUGGAGACGUGUGUUUCAGAAACUCAACGUCUCCUAUUUCUUUAUUUUGUAGAUGUAACUUGCAUGGACUAGAGAGAAGGUAUCAGGGCAGCAGGUCUUGGGGUUGUCUGACUCUUGGUAUCAUUAUAAUCCAAAAACCAAGGUUAGCAAACUACUGGAGUGAUUUUUCAUGUAAAUUAUGCAUCUUGCACAAUUGUAUGUGUGAACCAUGUAGGAGAUAACAAAAUCUAAUCCAAUGUUCUAAUAUCUUCUGUAUCAUUAAUUAUUUAGUAAAGAUUACCUGUUGGAGACAACUUAAAACAGAAUGCAUCGUAGCAGGAAAGGCUGGUAUGAAUGACAAACAAUAUUAAUUUUAUGAAUUUUGAAGCUUGAUUAAUAAGAAUUUUACUGUGGCACUGAAAAUAUAGGAAUAUACUGUUACCAUAUUUGGUGAGCUGAAGCUUAAAAUCCUAGUGUUGAUCCUUGAUGGUUUACAUGGGUAAUGUAGCAAAGCAAAUUAUAUGUUCAUAAAACUGUGGCAUGUUGUAUGAGACGAUGAAAGUAUGUAUACCUGACAAGUUCUCACAAGAUAGCGUAAGUGACUAGAUGAAUGACAAGUUAGUGUGGGAUGCUGUUAAUGAUUGUGACCAAAGCAUGAUUCUGAUAACAAUAAUGUGUUUCAUGUAACAUUUUAGAAUGGUGUGUGUGACUACAUUACUUCAAUAUGUAUGUGAUACUUUCGCAUCUUCCACAUGAUUAUAUUUCGUAAAUUGCUCUGUAUAACCCAAAUUUUUGUACUAUGCUGCACAUUACCAAUUUUUCCAUAGUAGUUUAUAAGAUGGUCAAGUUAAUUAGUUGCAUCUGCUGUUGUAUACAUUAAACAUUCUAUAACUUGUUUUACGAGAUUGAUACUAUAACAUUUUGUUACCAGUACUGUUGUAGAAUGUCUUUCAUCAUGAGGUGAAGGAAUGUUGUGAUGAAUUGUGUUACAUAAACUAGAAUGUUACUGUUGUGUAAGCACUGAUAGAAUGUAGAGUACAAGGUAAUUUGCUUUAAAAUUGGUUUAGGAUUUUCCUGGCUUAAGUACGUAUGUUAUAUUAGCAAUGGGUGGUUGUGAAUGAGAAUCCUGCUGUGUUGCCGAGUGCUACCUUGAGAAUAGUCUCCAAAGUUUGAUACUGUACUUACAUAUGGUAGUUGGACGCAAGUAAGGUAACUUUAUCUCACACUUGCAUUGGUUCUGAAUCACCUGGAAACUUGUUCAAAUGUUUUAGCCAUGGCACAGGGUACAUCAUUGAAGAAUCUUUCUGGACUAGAUCUUCUGUGUACCCUCCAACAAUGCUUUUAUAUAUAUUUACUCUUCUGUUUAUUAUUUACCCACAUUAUAUUUUAAUAAUCAUAGCUAAUAAAAUUUGCAGUCCUGC